AGAAGCGUGCGCUUUCCUAUAAAAGGAAGAACAGGAAGAAGAGAGGACGACGCUCCUUUUUCAAGUCUCUCUUUUCUGCACCAAACUCAUCGGCAAGCCCUAAAUCCCAUCACCCCCAGCUCCUUUUCCCAAUUACGAUGGCGGUCACUUCCCAGGAGGCCAUCCAGCAGCUGGCAGCUCUCAUGGAGCAAGUGGAUGAGCUGCUCAAGGUUACGUUUAAGAAUAUGCACCAGGGAUACCCAACGGCGACACUCGUGCGCUUUCUUAAGGCUAGAGAAUGGAGUGUUUCCAAAGCACAUAAGAUGCUGAUGGAUUGCUUAAAUUGGAGGAUACAAAAUCAUAUUGAUGACAUCUUGUGUACGCCUAUAAUUCCAGCAGAUUUGUACAGAGGGAUUCGAGAUUCACAGCUUGUAGGAUUGUCAGGCUACACGAAAGAGGGCCUUCCUGUUUUUGCACUUGGUGUUGGACUCAGCACAUUUGACAAAGCAUCGGUAAAUUAUUACGUGCAGUCACACAUUCAAAUUAAUGAAUACAGGGAUCGGGUAAUAUUGCCUGCGGCAACUAAAAAGUAUGGCCGGCAUAUCGGAAAGUGUGUGAAAGUUCUAGAUAUGACUGGUCUGAGGCUUUCAGCACUAAGCCAUCUCAAGAUAUUGACGAUGAUCUCUACUAUCGAUGACCUAAAUUAUCCAGAGAAGACACAAACUUACUAUGUAGUUAAUUCGCCAUAUGUGUUCACAGCUUGCUGGAAGGUUGUGAAGCCUCUCCUGCAAGAGCGAACCAGAAAAAAGGUACAAGUACUCCAUGGUUGUGGCAAAGAUGAGUUGUUGAAGAUUAUGGACUAUGCUUCUCUUCCUCAUUUCUGUAAAAGUGAAAGAAAUGGCAGCUCCUCUCGAGUCUCUUCUGCUGGAGCUGGUGACUGCUACUCCUUGGACCAUCCCUUCCACCAACAGCUAUACAGCUACAUCAAGAACAAUGCACCGAACCAGGGGUAUGCCUUACUACCAAAGCAAGGUUCCUUGCAUGUAGAUGUACCCACAGGAGACACAGAGGGAACAAAGAUCACCGGGAUGAUGCAGUCCAAGCUCCAUUUGAUUGGAGAUGACAGCAAGCUUGCUUCCUCGUUGAGUGUUCUUCACGUCGAUGUUGUGUAAAGAUGCAACCGGUUGAAGAAGCUUUCUCAAGCAGCACAAAGAUGUUCAGUGAUUUUAACUAAGGUUAUCUAUAUUAAUUAACAAGUUCUUCAAUCUCUUAUCUUGUGGAAAAGGAACGUGAAUGUACCAAACCAUGUAGCUUUAUGUUCUAUUUAAGGAGGAAUGCGAAGAAGCAUCAAAGUACCAGUGUUUAGCAUU